GAUUCAGUGGGGCUGACAAGAACUGCCACACCUGGCGGUGCGACCCGCCAUUAACGGCUGUGGCUAAAGGGGGCUGUGCCGCGCAACGAACCAUCCGCCAUCGUCACUGAAGGUUCAUCUACGUAUUAUUAGUAGAAUCGGUCAACCAUCACCAUGGCUGAAGAUAACCCACCCGUCUUCAACUAUAUUCUCAGUUUUAUCCUGGUUGGCCUGGCAUGGGGGUUCACCACACCCUUCAUCAGAAGGGCUGCGCGCACGCACACGCCUCCGGCGCAUCCUACGCUGGACCACCCAUCCAUCAAAGAUAGCUGGGUCAAGAGCAAGCUGUACGGCGCGUUCUUUGGCGUGGUUGACUUGCUGAAGAACCCGCGAUACGCCGUACCGCUGCUGCUGAAUCUCACCGGCAGCAUCUGGUUCUUCUUAUUAAUUGGACAAGCUGAACUCAGCUUGACCGUUCCUAUUGUGAACACCAUGGCAUUCUUGUUCACGGUUCUUGGCGAGUGGUAUGUGGAAAAGAAGGUGAUCAGCAGGGAUACGGCAGUCGGUAUGAUGUUCUCGCUGGUCGGGAUUGGUCUCUGUGUGUCAAGCAAACAGUAAUGGCCAGCUCCAUAGCACUGACUAACAGAUUCGCGAUAUCAAACUUGUGCCUCGAUCACUGACAACAAGCGUGAGCAUAUCACUAUCCAAGAUCGGUCAUCUUCGUGGGAAGAAACACCUGCCCGGGCAGACAGAUUAUUAUUUUAUCUGGUCGUUGCGCUAGAAACUGGCUCCAUCGCUAUGAGAAAACAACCCAAGACAAGGCCAUGAUGUCUGACAAAAACGCCCCGUCUAUCCUUGUGUAUACCUAUUAUGACCAUUUUACAGAUUGCAGAUGUUCGGAUCCUUUUGUAACUGCUGUCGCGCUGGGAACC